AUGACUGGCCGGGUGGUCCUGCUGGCCGUGGACGACUCGGAUGCCUGUGAAGGAGCGGUCAAGUUCACGGUGGAGCAAAUGCACCAGGGAGGGGAUGAGUACCACGUAGUGCAUGUCAUCCCCAGGCUCCAGCUCUCCUCACAGUAUGGCGCACCCUCCAUCGACUUCCUGCCACAACAGGACUCCACGGCCUACGAGGCGCUCCUGCAGCGUGCCCAGGACUUUUUGGCUGCCAGGGUCGUGACUCAUCUGGGCGACGUCGACCCUCCUCCCAUGCUCCACCUCAUCAAGAGCGAGACGGACACCGACUCCAUCGGCGCGGUGAUCUGCCGCAAGGCGGAGGAGCUGGGCGCGGGGCUGGUGGUGCUGUCCGCCCGCCAGAACAGCCGCCUGCACGACUUCUUCGUGGGCAGCGUCAGCGGCUACUGCCUGGAGCAUUGCGCCGCCCCGCUGCUCAUCCACUCCUGA